CUUGGCGGGCCAGACGUCCUCUGCGCACGUCCCCCACGUCCUCUCCUGCUAGCCAUUUAUUUAUUCACUUUCCCAAACAAGCAACCAGGGACCCAAGUUCAAAACUUUUUUUCCCCCUAAUGAGAGACGGGGCCAGAUCCCAUCCAACACACAGUUUAACUUUCAUGGGGCUCUGGGAUCAAAAGAACAGAAAAAGCAACAACAAAAGCCCAGCCGCUGUUUGAUUUUAAGCUGGCAAAGUGGGGAAAAUAAAGUGUUGAGUAAACAGAUCAAGUUGGAUCAUGGGGAGUUUCCAAGGUCAUGCCCUCCCUGGAACCUUCUUUUUUGUUAUGGGUCUUUGGUGGAGUAUAAAGAGUAUUCUGAAAUAUGUCUGCAGAAAGCAAAAGCGAACCUGCUACCUUGGAUCCAAAGCAUUAUUCCAUCGAGUAGAAAUUUUGGAAGGAUCUGUAUUAGUUGGCAUGGCUUUGACUGGCAUGGCUGUGGAGCAGUUUAUUCCUGGAGGGCCCCGCCUGACCUUAUAUAAAGAGGGCCAGUGGAACGCGCUCACGAGCUGGCAUCAUUCCACCAUGUAUUUCUUCUUUGGAUUGUUGGGCGUGGCAGACAUCCUAUGUGUCACCAUCAGUUCACUUCCCUCCUCCUUACCCAAGUUAAUGUUUUCAAAUGCCUUACUUGUGGAGGGUUUUAUCUUCCACAACCACACUCAUGGCCGGGAAAUGCUGGACAUCUUUGUGCACCGGCUGCUGGUUUUGGUCAUCUUUUUGACUGGCCUGGUCACCUUCAUGGAGUUCCUCUUACGAAACAAUGUACUUCUGGAACUUCUGCGUUCAAGCCUCAUCCUGCUUCAGGGGAGCUGGUUCUGGCAGAUUGGUUUUGUCCUGUAUCCUCCCAGUGGGGCUCCUGCAUGGAAUCUGAUGGAUCAUGACAACAUUAUGUUUCUCACCAUAUGCUUUUGUUGGCAUUAUGCAUUAAGCUUUAUCAUCAUUGGAGUGAAUUAUGCUUUUGUCACCAGGUUGGUUAAAUCUAGACUUAAGAGGCUCUGCCCCUCAGAAGCUGGACUCCUGAAAAAUGUUGAACGAGAACAAGAAUCAGAAGAAGAGAUGUGAUUUGGAUGGGCAUCCAUUCUUCCUAGAUAAAUCUUUUCUUUUUUGCAUUGA